GUAAUUAAUAACAACAACCGCAAAAACCCUAGCUUUCCCUUUUACUUAAGAGGGAGAGAGAGAAAGCGAUAACGUGUGAAGAUUCUCUCUCUAAUCAAACCCUAACAAUUCUGAGCUUAUGUUCGAAUUGUCCGUAUUUGAUUUCUCCCUUUCGCUUUCAGUUGCAGAGCUUCACCUGCCCUUUCGACUUUCGUUCGCUCUAACGCACCAUUUUUGGGCUGGUGAUUCAGAGUUUUUGACGCUUCAAUUGCUAUUUCGAGUGUCUAUUGUUUCUGUAAUUGGUGUUUCGUUGUCAGAGAUUUGAAUUUUGAGGUCUAGAUCUCAUUUUGCUCUGCGUUGGAUUGAAUGCGGUGAAUGAUGUCUUUGUCGCUUCAUUCAAUAGCUUAGCUGUGGUGAAAGAGAUGAGCACUUGGAUGAGGUGUUUAUUUGAAGCUUUUUGGAUUUUCGAAGGGUUGCUCGGGAUUGGGAUUGGGAUUGGGGUUGGGAUUUCUCGGAACUUGUAGAUAUUUGUCCGGAGAAAGGUUUCGGCAGAUUAUCCAUCAUGUUUCAUCCGAAGAAAGUCACACAAAUUGGCGUAGUGCCUCAUAAGGCUCAGAGUGCUGAUCAACUUGCAAAUGUUGGAGUAUUGGGGGGAUCCACAAUAAACAAUUCAGCUCCUCCUGGUGGGACUGGAAAGCAACGAUUGCGGUGGACUUCAGAUCUUCAUGAUCGCUUUGUAGAUGCCAUCACACAACUUGGAGGACCAGAUAGAGCAACACCAAAGGGCGUUUUGAGGGUGAUGGGUGUACCCGGCCUUACGAUAUAUCAUGUGAAAAGUCAUUUACAGAAAUACCGCCUCGCAAAAUACCUGCCAGAAUCUCCGGCUGACGGUUCUAAAGAGGAGAAGAAAGAUUCUGGCGACAGCCUCUCUAGCAUGGAUUCUGCCCCGGGGGUACAAAUCAAUGAGGCACUGAAGAUCCAGAUGGAAGUGCAAAAGCGUCUUCAUGAACAGCUUGAGGUGCAAAGACAGUUACAACUUAGAAUUGAAGCUCAGGGAAAGUACUUGCAGAAGAUCAUUGAAGAACAGCAAAAACUAGGUGGUGCACUAGGCGCCUCUGAGCCAUCCUUGGCCGAGGAAAAGCAGACGCCAUCCCCGUCCCCACCGGAUCCCCUACUUGACUCCUCUCCUCUUCUAAAGAAGCAGAGGGUGGAUGAUGGGUCAAUGCAUCCUGCUCCUUCCGUGAUCCCACCUAGGACAGACAAAAAGCCUGAUUUCAUUGGUCAGUGGGAUCAAGACUUAUAUGGGAGUGAUGUUGGGUUUGGAUUCGAUGUGGAGACAGAGAUCAAGGGGAAGAAUGAAACCGUGUUGGAGCAUAAGGUGCCACAUGCACCAGAGCUGCCCAAUGUUACAGGAGGGAUUUGAUCUUAACCAAUCCUUGCAACAGUAGUUAUCAGUAGGUUGGUCAAUGGUAAGUAGUUGCUACUAAUUGAUACAUGCAUCUCAUUUUUUAUGUAUCUUCCAGACAUGCAUAUGGCUCAUUGCCUUUUGCAAAUACUAGGUAGGGCAGCUGUUAAUCUUGCUUGUAUAAUUUACCCUGUAAUCCAUUUGUAAUUAUAAUUAUAUAUGAUACAAAAAUCAGCUAGUUCCUUUUUUCUCUUUUGACA